UAGGGCGGUCGCGCGCUCUCGUGCACGACCAAAGUGCUGUGGAAGGCUGUGUUGUGCAGGGACGAACUCGGUACUGAACGCAGCUGACCACUUUACUAUGUUAGCGAAAGAAAAGGAGCAAUGGAAAACUUCUGACGUACCUCAAUUUUAUGAUUUGUAAAUAGAAUAUGGCGCCGUCGGGCUCUGGCGGUUUGAGACGGAGCUGUCAAAGAGUUUUGCGUUGGAUCCCAGUGAUCUUUAUCACCAUCAUUGUGGCUUGGUCCUACUACGCCUAUGCCAUCCAGCUCUGCAUAGAGUCCAUAGAAGACAUAGGAGAAAAAAUCAUAACCCUUCUGGCAUAUCAUGUGAUCUUCAUCCUGUUCACAUGGGCCUACUGGAAAACCAUCUUCACUGGCCCCAUGACCCCCUCGAAAGAGUUUCACCUGUCCUACUCUGACAGAGAGCAGCUGGAGAGGGAGGGCAGGGGAGAGGCCCACCACGAAGUCCUGAAGAGACUUGUCAAAGACCUGCCCAUCUACACCCGCACCAUGUCUGGAGGUGUUCGUUAUUGUCAACGCUGCCAGCUGCUUAAACCAGAUCGUUCUCAUCACUGCUCUGUGUGUGAUAAAUGUGUCUUAAAAAUGGACCACCACUGUCCUUGGGUGAACAACUGUGUGGGCUUUUCCAACUACAAGUUCUUCCUGCUAUUUCUGGCAUAUUCUCUGCUCUACUGCAUCUUCAUCACCGCCACAGAUGUGCGCUACUUCAUCCUCUACUGGACGGAAGGGUUGCCUGACACCCAGGCCAAGUUCCACAUCAUGUUUCUGUUCUUCGCUGCCUCCAUGUUUUCUGUGAGUCUCUUCUCUCUGUUUGGAUACCACUGCUGGCUGGUGUGCAAGAACAGGUCCACACUGGAAGCCUUUCGAGCCCCGGCGUUCCGUAAUGGAACCGACAAGAAUGGCUUCAGUCUGGGGUUCAGCAAAAACUUCCGCCAAGUCUUCGGAGAUGAGAAGAAGUACUGGCUGCUGCCUGUUUUCUCCAGUCUGGGGGAUGGCUGCUCCUUCCCAACGUGUCUGGUGAACCAGGACCCCGAGCAACCAUCUGCAUCUUCCAGACACAACCCCCCAGUCAAGAGCUCUGGAGAAAGCCAGCACUUCCCGGCCCGGCCGCUGAGGGACUCCCAGACACGUCUGCUCAGUGAGGGGGUGGGCCAGAAUGACCAGCGGGGUACAAGUAAUCCUGCUGUCACCAUAGAAAAUGAGACUUAGAGAAAAUGUACUUGGAUCUGGAAGAAAGGCCUAAUCUGCUCUGACAAGCAGCAAGAAAAGUCUGAUUCAGUAAGUGCCAUGCGGUUUACCCAUAAUACAUAACAUGGCACCGCCGUCCCCUGAUUGGCCCUUUCCCUGGGCUCAUGAGUCACCUCAGAAUAUCAGGUGUGUGCUUCAGUGGAAGGAGCUUGAGGUUUGUAGCCACACUUCUCCCUGCAAACAAAACCAACCAGGGCUGAGACCUGAGCUGUCGGGAGACUGACAAUAGAAAAACAACAGAGCUGGACUCUGUAGGAAAGCUCGAUAUGUGAACACUGCGGAAGCCACGAAAAUCUUCAAGAUGGAAGUCCUUUUUUAAAAAUACAUUACAUUAUGGAAGUGUAUCUCUGGGAUUUGCAGAAAGAACACGCAGUUUUUACAUUUUUUAAUUAAAAACUUUUUUCGUAUUUUAAAUUUACAGAUAUUAAAAAAGUAUUUGGCGGGAUGUUGGAUCUUGGUGGAUAUUACUUGUUUUUUACAAGGUACAUACUAAAUAUCCUCACAUAGUAGGUCUCACUCUGAUAAAUGACACUGUUAUUCUACAUUAAUGUUUCUCUUACUGUGGCUGAAAUACAUUUAAUACAUCAGGAUUGUACCUACUAGUAUAUUCUACAUUUGCAUUUGGGUAUAUUACAGACAAACAUAUAAAGAUUGCAAACACAAUGUAUAUCGUUUAUUUGGACCAGCAUUUAAAAGGCAACACUAAAGUGGUUGCAUUUGAUGUUUAUAUUAAUUAUGCUUUUAGUUACAUACAAUUGGGUAAUACAUUUGUAUAUAAAAAUAUAUAUAUAUUUAAAGUGUAAAAUGCAGCAAGGCUCUGCAUAUCAUCCCUAAUUAUGAAGAUAAAAACUGAAUGAAAAGGUAAUGACACAAUGGGCCCUCUUAUUUAUUUGCUUUAUCAGGCACCUAUAUCCCAAAAUCCAGCUGUGUGUGUGUGUGCGUGUGUGUGAUGGCUCUGCUAGCAAAUCGUUUUAUAAUUUACUCUUCGAUUACUAAGUACUAUUUUCUAUGUUGUAUUUAAUCUCCUGAACGCAAUGUGAAUCCAAUGUUAACGUGUAUGUAUUGACAAGGCAAAUAAAGUUUGACAUUUAAAAGGUA